UACCUUCAACUUGCACGGACGCUGCUCAUCAAUUCACUCCUUUUUAUUCUCACUGCGCUUCACCCUCAUUGCCUGGGAUUAAGGAUUCUGGGCCAAAAAGGUCGCAUUACGUUACAUUCAUAUUGCUGGUUUAGCCCCUUUCUUCGAACCACAGCACAAAUCUUCGAAUUUCCAACCAGUGAAUCCACCAUGAUCCAAAUUCCUGAGGACCUCAAAACAGCUUUUUGCUACCUGGGAGCAGCCACUUCCUGUCUCUGGGCAGCGAGUUUGGCCCAAAGUCUGUACUGUUACCUGCGACCAUCCUCUCUGCCACGCUACAACCCCUCGGGCAAAGAUUCCUGGGCUCUAGUCACUGGUGCUACCGAUGGAAUUGGCUUUGGAUUUGCACAAGAACUCAGCAGGAAUGGAUUCAACAUCUUCCUGCAUGGCCGGAACCGUGAAAAGCUGCUGAAGAGACAGGAAGAGCUCCAGGCGGAAUUCCCUAAUGUGAAGACCAAAAUUAUUGUGAUUGACGUGGCCAACCUCACCGAGGAUGUCGAUUUGAUUACCCAGGAGAUUGGAGAUGCACACCUUACGGUCCUGGUCAACAAUGUUGGCGGAGAGCUUAAACAAUACCUACAACUGACGGAACUCACGUACCAAGAUGUCAAGAAUACGAUUAUGCUCAAUGUCAUGUUUAUGGCCCAGGUGACUCGGGUCCUGCUUCCUAUCCUUGAGAAGAACGGUCCAGGCUUGGUUCUCAAUAUAUCCUCGAUUGCCGCAUGGGGCAUGCCUUUCGUGGCUUUGUACAGUGGGACGAAGGGAUUCGUCGACUCUUUCACUCGGGCCAUCGAGGCAGAGGUUAAAGCAAAUGGCAAGAAUGUGGAGGUUCUGGGACUACGAGUGGGAAGUGUACAGAGUCAGGGCAACGAUGUCGACACUACCUUGUUUAUUCCCACUUCACGCAAUAUGGCAGCUGCUGGUUUGCAACGUGUUGGUUGUGGCCAGCCGAUCGUCACAGGCUACUUCUGGCAUGCCAUCCAGAACAUCAGCUUUCUUGUGCUUCCCAGAAGUUUCUUGCUUGAUGUUACAGCGAAGACUAUGCGAAGUUUGAGACAGGCAGCCGAGGAAAAGCAGGCUAAAAAGAGGUAAUUGAGCUGUGCUUGUGAUUGUUUCGGGCUUGUCAUGAAGCUCUGAAUGUUACUGUGAUAUGAAAUUGUGUACACUAUCUUUCUGAUAUUGACUCCCAAUCUGUAUAAUAAAUCAAUGAAAUAACCUACUACUUCUGCA